AGUAGAGCAGUAGGCUACAGUUGUAGCAGUCUGGUUGGUAUCACCUCCAGUCUACCAGCGCCACAAGCCUGUCCGCCGUGCGACUGACACGGUGUGAUCUACACAGAAAAUGCCCGGAAAGUGACUCGAGAGGAAGGCAGGACUGUCCGGACAUUGGCACUGGAUUCCGUGGAGGUUUUCUGACCGACGGACCCGAGUCUCCUGUGCAGUAUCCGCAGCAUUAGCCAGGCCGUUUGUUCAGUGGCUGCAGGGCCGGAACAGAGAAAACCCUUUAACAAAUAAGCUGUAGUAAGCCUGCAGCUUUUACUUCCCAACGCCAGAGGAAAAGCUGUCAGCCAGCCCACUGCGGCCUCAUGGAGCUGGGGACUCAACGCCUGUUGUGCACCAGGGAGCUUGAUCCAUGCUUGGUUCCCAGCAAACAACCAUAAAGGGUGGGAACUUGAUUACCCUUCAGUUCCUUUUUUCCCAUCCCUCCCCCUAAAUUGCCCCUGUGGUGAUAUUGUACUCUCCUGCCUGUGGCCCGCAACAUGAUUGGCAAGUUGAAACAGAACUUGCUGUUGGCCUGUCUGGUCAUCAGCUCGGUCACAGUCUUCUACCUGGGCCGCCAUGCCAUGGAGUGCCACCAUCGCAUCGAAGAGCGCAGCCAGCCGGGCGGUAUUCUGCCUUUGUCAGCUCUGGGAGGCAGCAUGCGGACCACCUUACGGACAGGUCAGAAUCUCAGCACACCUUUUGUUUACAACAAAGACAUGCCACUCAUCUUCAUCGGUGGAGUGCCCCGCAGCGGGACCACGCUAAUGCGAGCCAUGCUGGACGCCCACCCUGAGGUGCGCUGUGGCGAAGAAACCCGCGUCAUCCCCCGUAUCCUGGCCAUGAAGCAGAUGUGGAGCCGCUCGGGCCGGGAGAAGAUGCGCCUGGACGAGGCCGGUGUGACAGAUGAGGUGCUGGACGCCGCCAUGCAGGCCUUCCUGCUGGAAAUCAUUGUAAAACAUGGAGAGCCCGCCAACUUUCUCUGCAACAAGGACCCUUUUGCUUUGAAGUCGCUUUCCUACCUGGCCAAGAUCUUUCCCUAUGCCAAGUUUGUACUCAUGAUUCGUGAUGGCCGGGCUUCAGUCCACUCCAUGAUCUCACGGAAGGUGACCAUCGCCGGCUUUGACCUGGGCAGCUACCGGGACUGCCUGACCAAGUGGAAUCGGGCCAUAGAGACCAUGUACACUCAGUGCCUGGAGGCAGCGGACAAAUGCCUACCUAUGCACUACGAACAGUUGGUCCUUCAUCCUGAGAAAUGGAUGAAGACACUGCUGAAAUUCCUUGACGUUCCUUGGAAUGAUGCCGUCCUCCACCAUGAGGAGCUCAUCGGGAAAGCUGGAGGAGUGUCCCUCUCCAAGGUGGAGAGGUCCACAGACCAGGUCAUCAAGCCCGUCAAUGUGGAGGCCUUGUCCAAGUGGGUGGGGAAGAUCCCAGCUGAUGUCGUGAGGGACAUGGCUGUCAUCGCCCCCAUGCUGUCCAGAUUGGGCUACGACCCCCAUGCCAACCCUCCCAACUACGGCCGGCCUGACCCCAAAGUCCUGGACAACACCAUAAGGGUCUUUAAAGGUGAAUUUCAGCUACCAGAUUUCCUAAAAGAACAAUCACAGAUUCAGAAGUCUGCAGAGAGACCCAACCCCAGUUAGGAGCAGCAGGAGUGCCAUCACCACAACACACAGGAACAGAGGUGCAGUGGAACAGAAAAACAUGGACAUCGUCUCACCCAUCUCACCAUCUGUGUUGGGCCACGGCACUUUUCAAAGGUCCCAUGACCACAGCGGGACCUUCUCCUCACCAGAGUCAGCCACCCUUGGCCUUCGAUGUUGUACUGUACAAAAAAACCGCUACUAAUACUUCUCACAACCACAGAAUGUCUGCUGAUUGUUAAUUUUCCGUGUCACACCACGCUCAUUGAUUUUUAGAAAUGAUUUCUGGCUAUUUAGAAAACAACUCUGUGAUUCUGUUGUAAGAAACUGCAGUGAAUUGAAAUUGCAAGAAGCAUUUAUGAAUGGAAAAUUAGCUUUUGGAAGAUGCAAUACCUAUUUUAAUGUUACUUUUUUCAUGCCUUUGUAUUGUGCAAUGUCAUGGGUACUGAUUAGUAUCAACCGUGAUAAACAUUUUUUUUUUUU